ACAGUACCAGAAAUAGAAAGAAGCAGAGAGCAAAAAAAAAACAAGAGAGAGAGAGAGAGAGAGAGAGCGAUGAGCGAGAGAGAUCCUAACUGCAAGCGUGAUGCGCGAGCGCUUGAAGCUCCGAGCGCAAGCGACUCGCAACUCAAGAAGAAGAAGCUCGAUGAUGACUCUCAUGGCGUCGUCUUCCUCGCGGUUCCUUCUCCUUCCGUGGCUUCAUCGGAUGAUUCCUCUCGAGGCGGAUGCUCUGUUACCUCCGCCGGAGAAGACGAUGACAAGAGCUCGAUCAUCUGUUUCAGCAGUGAAUCGAACGAAAUCCCGAGGAAGAGUCCGACUGUUUCUGUAGAUCUGGAGACUCAUCAAAUCUCCGAUGAUCUCUCUGUUUCUGGGCGCAUCUCUCACAGAAACGAGGCGAAUCCAGCGAGUGAAGCUUUGGGAGAGACAACAGAGUUGGAAUCAUCAUCGGCGGUAGAGAGGGAUGAUCGGAAAAGUUCACCGGAAGUGAGCAAGAAUCCGACGCCGGCGGAGAUUGAGGAGUUCUUAUCGGAGCUAGAGAAUAAAGAUCAGAAGCGUUUCAUGGAUAAGUACAACUUCGAUAUCGUUAAUGACAAACCGCUCCAAGGUCGCUACAAGUGGGAUCGAGUUAAGCCAUUAAAAGAAUGAAAAUAGCAUGCGGAAAGAAGAUGGUAGUUUUUUUUUCUUUCUAGUUACGUUCCACUUGUACAGCCCUCUCUCUCUCUCUCUCUCUCUCUUUAUUUUCUUCUAAUUAAUCAGUUUAGCCUUUGUUAGUUGUACAAAUGAAAAAAACACAAGGUUUAUAUCGAGAUUUCCGAUCUUGAUUAAGUAA